AUGAACGAGCCCACCAAGAUCAGCAUCUUGGGUCGGGAGAGCAUCGUCGCUGAUUUUGGCCUGUGGCGCAACUACGUCGCAAAGGACCUGAUCAGCGAACUGCCCUCGACCACCUACGUCCUCAUUACCGAUACCAACCUCAGUCCCAUCUAUACACCUGAAUUCCAAAAGACUUUCGAAGCCGCCGCCGCUUCCGUCUCCCCCGCCCCGCGCCUCUUAGUCUACAAUGCUGCGCCGGGCGAGAGCUCAAAGUCGCGCUCAACAAAAGCCGAUAUUGAGGAUUGGAUGCUGAGCCAGAGCCCGCCAUGUGGUCGUGAUACCGUUGUCAUCGCAUUGGGUGGUGGGGUCAUUGGCGACCUGACUGGUUUCAUUGCGGCCACCUACAUGCGCGGUGUUCGCUACGUGCAGGUCCCCACUACUCUCCUCGCCAUGGUGGAUUCUUCGAUUGGUGGAAAGACUGCCAUUGACACACCGCUGGGCAAGAACUUGAUCGGCGCCAUCUGGCAGCCGUCAAGGAUCUACAUCGACCUCGAGUUCCUGGAGACCCUCCCUGUACGGGAAUUUAUUAAUGGUAUGGCCGAAGUCAUUAAGACCGCCGCUAUCUCAAGCGAAGAGGAGUUCACUGCGUUGGAAGACAACGCGGAUGCUAUUCUUGGUGCUGUGCGCAGCGAGAAAAAGCCUGGCCAGGGUCGCUUCGACGGCAUUCGGGACAUCCUGAAGGCCAGAAUUCUGGCCUCGGCACGCCACAAGGCCUUCGUCGUCUCCGCAGAUGAGCGUGAGGGUGGUCUUCGCAACCUGUUGAACUGGGGUCACUCAAUCGGCCACGCCAUUGAGGCCAUUCUGACCCCACAAAUCCUCCACGGAGAGUGCGUUGCCAUUGGUAUGGUCAAGGAGGCUGAGCUGGCCCGGCACCUGGGUAUCCUCAAGAGCGUUGCCGUGGCUCGUGUUGUGAAGUGUAUUUCCGCCUAUGGCUUGCCCACAUCUAUGAAGGACUCACGAGUGCGCAAGCUGACCGCCGGCAAGCACUGCUCCGUGGACCACCUGCUGUUCAACAUGGCCCUUGAUAAGAAGAACGACGGUCCUAAGAAGAAGGUUGUCCUCUUGUCUGCAAUUGGACGUCCUUACGAGCCCAAGGCCAGUGUUGUCUCAAAUGAUGACAUUGGUGUUGUCCUGGCUCCCAGCAUUGAGGUGCACCCCGGAGUGCCCAAGACUCUGAAUGUUACCUGCGCGCCCCCGGGGUCCAAGAGUAUCUCCAACCGAGCUCUUGUCCUUGCUGCGCUUGGUUCGGGAACUUGCCGUAUUAAGAACUUGCUCCACUCUGAUGACACCGAGGUCAUGCUGAACGCCUUGGAGAAGCUGGGAGCCGCUACUUUCUCCUGGGAAGAAGAGGGUGAGGUUCUGGUUGUCAAUGGCAAGGGUGGCAAGAUCACCGCCAGCCCUUCCUCUCUGUACCUGGGUAACGCCGGUACUGCCUCGCGAUUUUUGACUACCGUGGCUACCCUUGCUACGCCUAACACCGUUGCCGAGAGUAUUCUCACCGGUAACAACCGGAUGAAGCAGAGACCCAUUGGCGACCUCGUCGAUGCGUUGACUGUGAACGGCGCCGAAAUCGAGUACAUGGAGCAACAGGGCAGUUUGCCCCUCAAAAUUGCGGCCUCUGGCGGUUUCGCCGGUGGCAAGAUCAACUUGGCCGCCAAGGUCUCCUCCCAAUACGUGUCAUCGCUGCUGAUGUGUGCUCCCUACGCCAAGGAGCCCGUGACCCUGAAGCUGGUCGGUGGCAAGCCCAUCUCCCAACCCUAUAUCGAUAUGACCACCGCCAUGAUGAGAUCCUUCGGUAUUGAUGUUCAAAAGUCGACCACCGAGGAGCACACCUACCACAUUCCUCAGGCCCACUAUGUGAACCCUGCCGAGUACGUAGUUGAGAGCGAUGCCAGCUCUGCCACUUACCCUCUGGCCAUUGCGGCCAUCACUGGCACAAAGUGCACCGUUCCCAACAUCGGUUCCAAGUCGCUUCAGGGUGAUGCUCGCUUCGCUGUUGAUGUUCUCCGGCCGAUGGGCUGCACUGUCGAACAAGGCGACAAUUCUACCACCGUCACUGGUCCUGCCAGUGGUAUUCUCCGACCACUUCCCAACGUGGACAUGGAGCCCAUGACCGAUGCUUUCCUUACCGCGUCCGUCCUUGCGGCCGUCGCCCGGGGCGAGGGGUCUAACCACACUACUCGCAUCUACGGCAUUGCUAACCAGCGUGUCAAGGAGUGCAACCGCAUCAAGGCCAUGAAGGACGAGCUGGCCAAGUACGGUGUUGUCUGCCGCGAACAUGAUGACGGCCUUGAGAUCGAUGGUAUUGAGCGCUCUACUCUUCGCCAGCCCUCCGGUGGUGUCUACUGCUACGAUGACCACCGUGUCGCCUUCAGCUUCAGUGUCCUGUCUCUUGUGGCUCCCAAGUCUACUCUCAUUCUGGAGAAGGAGUGUGUCGGUAAGACAUGGCCUGGUUGGUGGGACACCCUUAAGCAGCUUUUCGGCGCCAAGCUUGAGGGCAAGGAACUGGCCGAGAAUGAGCUUGCCGCUUCUACCGCCGAGGAGAAGGCCAGCGCUUCGGUUUUCAUCAUCGGCAUGCGUGGUGCUGGCAAGACCACCGCCGGUAACUGGGUUGGUAAGAGCCUCGACCGUCCUUUCGUUGACCUCGAUACCGAGUUGGAAAAGACCGAAGGUAUCAGCAUUCCUGAUAUUAUUAAGCAGCGCGGCUGGCAGGGCUUCCGUGAAGCUGAGUUGGCUGUGCUCCAGCGCGCUAUGAAGGAUCGGCCAAACGGCUAUGUCUUCGCUUGCGGCGGUGGUGUUGUUGAGAUUCCCGAGGCUCGGAAGCUACUUACCGACUAUCACAAGAAUAAGGGCAAUGUCCUUCUCAUCAUGCGCGAUAUCAAGCAGGUGAUGGACUUCUUGCAGAUCGAUAAGACCCGCCCCGCUUACGUUGAAGACAUGAUGGGCGUGUGGCUUCGUCGCAAGCCUUGGUUCCAGGAGUGCAGCAACAUCCAGUACUACAGCCAGCACUCGAACAACACGGAGCUUGCCCUGGCCUCGGAGGACUUUGACCGCUUCAUGCGCGUGGUUACCGGCCGUACGGAUAACCUGAGCUUGGUUAAGAAGAAGAAGCACAGCUUCUUCGUCUCGUUGACGCUGCCCGAUCUGCGUUCGUGCGGUGACAUCCUGAGUGAGGCCUGUAUUGGAUCAGACGCCGUGGAGCUGCGGGUUGACCUGCUGAAGGACCCGGCUUCCGACAGCGAAAUUCCCACCGUCGACUAUGUCGCCGAGCAGAUGUCAUUCCUCCGCCGCCGUGUCGCGCUGCCUGUCAUCUUCACAAUUCGUACCAAGAGCCAAGGUGGCCGUUUCCCCGAUGAUGCCUACGAAGCCGCAACUGCUCUCUACCGUCUGGCCUUCCGCUCCGGAUGCGAGUUUGUGGAUCUCGAAAUUGCUUUCCCCGACGAGAUGCUCCGCUCUGUGUCCGAGAUGAAGGGUUACUCGAAGAUUAUCGCCUCUCACCACGACCCGGAAGGAAAACUCUCGUGGAGCAACAUGUCCUGGAUCCCAUCUUAUAACCGUGCUCUGGAGUACGGCGAUGUGAUCAAGCUCGUGGGAAUUGCCAACAGUCUGGAUGACAACACUGCAUUGAGAAAGUUCAAGACCUGGGCUGAGGAGGCGCACGAGACACCGUUGAUCGCCAUCAACAUGGGCGACAAGGGCCAACUCAGCCGUAUUCUGAACGGCUUCAUGACCCCCGUAUCUCACCCUGCCCUUCCCUUCAAGGCCGCCCCUGGUCAGCUCUCCGCAACUGAGAUCCGCCGUGGUCUCUCGCUGAUGGGCGAGAUCAAGGCGAAGAAGUUUGCCAUCUUUGGUUCACCUGUUUCGGCCUCGCGAUCACCGGCGCUCCACAACACCCUCUUUGGUGAGAUGGGUCUCCCCCACGACUACAGCCGUCUGGAGACCACCAAUGUUGAGGAUGUCAAAGACUUCAUCCACGCCCCUGACUUUGGCGGUGCUUCCGUGACCAUCCCGCUGAAGCUGGACAUUAUGCCCCUGCUGGAUGAGAUCGCUCAAGAAGCGGAGAUCAUCGGCGCCGUGAACACCAUCGUCCCCGUCGACAACGGCGACAAGGCCCCGCGUCUGGUCGGCUACAACACCGACUGGCAAGGCAUGAUCCAAUGCCUCCGCAACGCAGGUGUUUACGGCUCCAACGGUACCGAGAGCGCCGUGGUCAUUGGUGGCGGCGGCACCGCCCGUGCAGCCAUCUACUCCCUGCACCGCAUGGGCUUCUCCCCGAUCUACGUGGUGGGCCGCACACCCAGCAAGCUGGAGGGUAUGGUCUCCACCUUCCCAAGCAACUACAACAUUCGCGUCGUGGACAACCACACCCAGCUGGAUACCGUGCCGCAGGUCGCCAUCGGCACCAUUCCCGCCGACCGGCCCAUCGACUCCGGCAUGCGCGAGACCCUCUGCCACAUGUUCGAGCGUGCGCAAGAGGCUGAUGGCAAGCUCAUCGGCAAGUCGGUCGACGAGAAGUCGCCCCGCGUCCUCCUCGAGAUGGCGUACAAGCCCUCAGUGACGGCACUGAUGCAGUUGGCUGCUGAUGCGGGCUGGAGGACUAUUCCCGGACUGGAAGUUCUUGUUGGCCAGGGUGUUAACCAGUUCAUUCACUGGACUGGUAUUACUCCCCUGUACCACAUCGCAAGAACUGCCGUGAUGGGCACCAACUCCGCAUGA